UGCGAGAGGCCUCUUCUCGGGGAGUAAAAGAAAGAGAGAGAGAGAGAUUUAAGGGUUAAGGUUUUAAAAGAGAGUCGCCACCCAAAAACCCUUCGUCUGCUUUUCUCCUUGAAACGUCUCUCUCUUUCUUAUCUCUCACUUUCAAAAACCUUUUUCGUCUCCAAAUCUUCAAAAACAAUGAGCAACGACAAGGACAACAAAUUCAGCGUCGCCAAUCUUACUGCUGCUCUUCAAGGCGAGGAUAGAGUUGGCCUUGUGAACGCUCUUAAGAACAAGCUGCAGAAUCUGGCUGCUCAGCGUUCUGAUGUGCUCGAGAAUCUCACUCCUAAUGUGAGAAAGCGUGUUGAUGCCUUGAGAGAUAUUCAGAGCCAACAUGAUGAACUAGAGGCAAAGUUCCGUGAGGCGAGAGCUAUUCUUGAAGCUAAAUAUGAAACAUUGUACCAGCCUUUGUAUUCCAAGCGUUAUGAGAUUGUGAAUGGAACUGUUGAAGUUGAACUGGCUCCAGAGGAUACGAAGGUCGACCAAGGAGACGAAAAAACUGCAGAAGAGAAAGGAGUUCCAAGUUUCUGGCUGACUGCCCUGAAAAAUAAUGAAGUUACUUCUGAGGAGGUCACAGAGCGUGAUGAAGGAGCUCUCAACUAUCUUAAAGAUAUUAAGUGGUGCAAGGUUGAAGAACCUAAAGGAUUCAAACUUGAGUUUUUAUUCGACUCCAAUCCGUAUUUUAAAAACACCGUUUUGACAAAGUCUUAUCAUAUGAUUGAUGAAGAUGAGCCACUACUUGAGAAGGCUAUAGGGACAGAAAUUGAUUGGUAUCCUGGAAAGUGCCUAACUCAGAAGAUUCUUAAGAAGAAGCCUAAGAAAGGUUCAAAGAAUGCCAAACCAAUCAUCAAAACAGAAGAUUGCGCAAGCUUCUUUAACUUCUUCAGUCCUCCACAAGUCCCAGAUGAAGAUGAAGAAAUCGACGAGGAAAGAGCUGAGGACCUUCAAAAUCUGAUGGAACAAGAUUAUGACAUUGGAUCUACAAUCCGGGAAAAAAUUAUCCCUCGUGCCGUCUCAUGGUUUACUGGUGAGGCUGUGGAAGCCGAUGACUUUGAAUUAGAUGAUGACGAAGAAGAUGACAUUGAUGAGGAUGAUGAAGAGGAUGAGGAAGACGAAGAUGGUGAUGAGGAUGAGGAGGAUGAUGAUGAGGAUGAGGAAGAAAGCAAGACCAAAAAGAAGCCAUCAAUCGGAAACAAGAAGGGAGGGAGAUCUCAGAUAGUUGGUGAGGGUCAACAAGGUGAGAGGCCACCUGAAUGCAAGCAACAGUAAUCUCUACGCUCUACGAAACAAAAAGUAAUGCGUGAAAAAUCUAUGAUUAUAUGUUGAUCAUUCUCUGUUCAUCAAGGAUGAGGGAUUGAGAAAAAGUUUUAGGUUUAUAGUGAAAUUCGUCUCCUUAUUUGAUGAAGCUCAAAGGAGUUUUGAUUAUUUUUUCUUUUGGUGUUUAUUUUCUUGGAAGCACUUAAAUUUAUGAACAAUGAAUCACCCCUUUCUCAGUCUCUGCCUUGACUACUUCAUUGUUCUGUUCGAAAGGGACAUAAUGUUUGAUAUUUUUUUUGUUUUUAUGUAUUAUGAAGUUGGAUCUGUAGAAGCAAGCAAUUUUAGUGCUUUCUGGAUGA